UUCAAGACCUAUUUGUUGAUCUUGUUACAUGUCAAAAUAAAUUAUUUUAUAUUUACUUUGCACAAGGUUUCCGUUGUAAAAUCGUGCUUUAUUUUUGGUAACAAUAAUAAAAAUACUUAUUUAAUUUAGUGUAAAACACUUAAAACAUAAUAUAUUUCUGUGCCGCAUAAUAUAACCUCAAAAUCCUCAUGGCGAAGUUAAGUGAGGUGAUUCCCGUAAAGCCUGAUAUAACUAAGAAGAAGAAAAGGAGGCAGAAAAAGAACAAAGCAAAGACUGUCACGACGGAGCCUCAAAACAAGAAAAAUGGAGGCAAUGUUGAUAUCAAAAUUGAACAGGAUAUUGAAAAGAAUGAAGACUCAGACCAGAUUGGGAUAAAUGAACAGAGUGAGAUAUCGGAUGAGUUAGCUGAGAAGUAUCCAGUGCUGAAAAAUGAUGACUUGGUAAAAAAGUUCCUCGGGGUUACCAUGACAAAUAAUCAGAAAGGUAGGAUUCGUCAACAGCUAAGAGAUAAUCUAAAAGGGACAUCCGAAGUACUUCUACCAGAAGUAAUACACAACAGGAUACAGGGUAUAGUCAAAGACAUAAUCACUCUGACAGAUGCAGAGCUAAGAAAAAUAAGAAUACUGUAUAAUAUGCUUAAAACAUCAGUCCAAAAUGAAUCUUCCGCUUCAAAGGUAGAGAAGAAGAAGAAGAAAAAGAAUAAGAAGCCAAAAGAUAAAGUAAAUGUUGAAGAAGAUAAAAAAGAAAAUGAAGCCACAGAUAAUAAAGCUGUUGCUAGAGUAGAAAAGGAAGAAACCAAGAAGACGAAGGGCCCUAAACGAUAUGUUGUGUUCGUUGGAAACUUGCCGCUAGAUGUUGAUAGAGAAAAAUUAACUCACCAUUUCUACGAAAUCAGGGAACAUAUAGUGGAUGUGAGGAUUCCGAAGCCCGCCGAAGGGAAGAGGAGUUGUAUUGCAUAUGUGGAACUGAAGAACGAACCCAGCUACGAGUUGGCGCUCUCCAAACACCACUCGAUGCUGGACAAGCGCAGAAUCAACGUGCUGUACACGACGCAGCAGAACAGCAAAAUAUCGAAAACCGAGGCUAAGAGUAAGUCAGCUAAGCUCGUCGCUUUGCAGAAGUCGGGAAAAUUGAUGGGGAGUAUUUCGUUAAACAAGAAACGAAGUCACCGCAGGAUGAAGGCGAAGAAGGCCAAGGCUAAUCAAGAAGCUGUAUCUUGAAUAAUGUUUACUCAAAGGAUUUUAAAUAUUUUUUAAAUAUAAGUUGUUUUUUUU